CAGCAGCAGAACUAGAAGGCGGCGCGGCUCUCGGCGGCGACCAGGACGGCGGCGGUGGCUCGGCCUGCGUUGGCGAUCCCUAGAGCUCGCUCCUGCCGCGGCUGUUUGGCGUUACUCCCGGCGGCUCUGCAACUGAAGACAGCAGCGACGGCAGCUCGAACAAGGGACCGGCAGCGCACCAAUUGGUUCGUGGCUGAACCUCUCCGGACAGCGGAAAUAUGCGGCGCUGGACCGACCAGCGGCGGAUCUCCCUUCGAUGCUGCGGUCCCUUCUCUGCUCAAACCAGUGGCAGUUCUCAAUGCGGCGGCGGCGGACGCGAUUCUGGUACGACGGCUCCUCUGCGCGCGGCAAUCGGUGGCACAAGCUUCUCAACACGGCGGCAGCUCCACGAUCUUAACGGCAAUCUCAGAUUGGAAAACGGGAAUCUCAGAUCUCUCCAGGCGGCUCAGCACGCAGAGAUCUGAAAAACCCUAGGCAACAAAUUUCUCACAAUUUGCGAUCGUGUUGAAUAACCUCGCUCUAGUACCACUUGUUGGGAAUUAAAACACACAACACACACAAAUAUCUACGAGAAUCAAGAGAGAAACGGAACACAAACGACACACAAGAAUUUAACGUGGUUCAGUUUCCCUAAUCCACGGCUGCAACAGGUUGAUUUUCUUAUUUCAUUUGUGGUACAGAUUACAAGUACAAGCGCUCUAUAUAAAACUAGGGCUACGCACAACUGGGCCGGGCCGACAAACAAGCCUCCACAAAGCCCAACAGAGAAGUGGUCGAGGCGGUAUUCCUCGUAAUUAUUAUUAGCACGGUGGUUGGGCUGAGGCAGCGGGGAGUACCUCGCGACGACGAAGAAGAAGAUGAUGGAACCAACCAAGCACGAGUGGCAACAGAGGAAACUUUAACAUAAGGUAGGCAGAAAAAGCGUCCUUACACUUGGAGGACAAGGCCAUGAAGGCAAAGAAGAAGCCAAUGACGAACAUGAGAAAUCCCAAUACAAAGAAACCCUGUUCGAGGCCAUCGCCGGCACAAGAGGGGCCUAGCCAAUAGUAUGUUGCCAUGACGGGGAUUUAGAUGAUCACCUGUAGGGCGCAGGCAAUGCUUCUAACCACAUCUACAGGUUUUGCCAUAUAUGGCUGGCUAGCUAGUAGCUAGUUCGAUUGAUCGUUUGAGUUUAUUAGGGUUUGAGGAAAAAGAGUUAGUUUGAUUUGAUUUGAUUUCUCAAGGAUUCGUUCGUUGUUA